AUGGGCGAUCAUGCCGACACGGCGGCUCCCGGGGAGGCGCUCAGACCCGCUGCAGUGCUGAAGGAGUUCAGGUACAAGGACCUCUAUUUCAAGUCCAAGUCCUUCCUCCACCAGUAUUGCGCAGAUGAGAGCCAUGACAAAGUGGACGAGGUGCGUGAGCUGGUCAAGAAUGCGGACGAUCGAGAUUCCUGGGCCAUCGAGGUGAAGGACGGCAAGCGGAAGGUCUCGGCCAUCCAUGUCGCCACCUUCUACGGGCGUGUGGAGCUGGUGCGGCUGCUCUUGGAGGCGAAGGUCCAGCCCAAUCAGCAGGAAGUGGACGGAGCUUGCAACACGCCCCUCCACGUGGCGGUGUGGUAUGGCAGGCCCGAGGUUGUGCAGGUCCUGCUAGACUUCGCAGCCGACCCGUCCAUCAAAGACAACCGGAACUUCACUCCGCUACACUUCGCCGCCCGCUUGGGCGAUGGCCACACCGUCGCCAAGAGUAUCCUCGCCAGCGCGAGAGAACAGCGACUUCUCGAGAGACAGGAUUGGACCGUGACCACUUGGCACGACCAUCGGCCCGCGAUCCAGCUGGCCGCGGAAGCUGACGAUGUGGCGUGCUUCGAAGAGCUUUUGGCGCACCUGGAGGACACAGAUGCCAACUGUGACCGCAGCGAUAGCAACACGGCGAAGCGGAACCAAAGCGACCUGGUGACCUUCGUGUUCAAGCACCGCCCGGAGAUUGCCUCGGUGCUCUUGCAGCGGUAUCACGAGCUGCAGGUGGUCCGAAAGCUGCUGGAAAACAGGGAGGUCGAGAUCAUUACACAGAUCCUGAGGAACUCCCCCCGCUGGUCAACUGUCCUGGACCAUCUGGUGAAGGAGCCAGAGCAGAUGCUCCAUGUGGCGGGAACCUACUACGACAAGCGCAACCGCGCGAACUUCUGGAAGCAGAACUUCACGAAUCGCUGGGAUCGAAUGGCGUUCCUUUGCAAUGAUUCGCGGAGCCUCCGACAUUCUUCCAAUGUACUGAACUUUCUGGGAGGCCAAGACGACCUGGAGGCAAAAAUGGAGCUGAAUAAGAAACUGAAAGGCACCGAUGGGCCAGCGAUGGCGGAGGUUUUCGUCUCGGUCGGCCUGAUACCACUUGACGCGAAUCUGCUGGCUGAUGAUAAGAUUAUGAAGGCUCUUGCCAUGGAGGCCAAGCAGAGCUUGUUGGACACCAAGUUCGUAAAAGCUGUGCUGGACGAUUCCUGGACGGAAAUCCAGGCCUGGUAUUUCUGGCACGUCUUCUGGGCCCUGGUCCAAGUGGCCAUGACCUGCGUGGCGAGCGCCGGCAUGCGCGAGGCCCAGGUACCUGCCUUCGCCUUUGUUGUGUUGGUUGCGCUCUGGUUGAAGAGGCUCCUCGAGGAGACGUGGCAGCUCUUCAACUACUGCUGCUGCGGAGUCCGGGAGGCUGGGGAGUGUCCCGAUAUGGCCAAGUCGCCCAAGUCGGCGGGUGCUCCCACCAAAAGGAGCUGCUACAGCAUGUACUUGCUGGCAUUCUCCUGCUUGACGACGCAUAGACCCACGUUUCACACCUUCCUCGACUGGGUCUACCUCUCCAUCAGCGCAACGGCCCUGUACUACUUGUGGUUCUUUGACCCCUGGCCACUGCGCCGAUCUCUGAUCGCCUUCUACUUCACACUGGUCUGGCUGUCUGCACUCUAUUGGCUGCGGGGCUUCGGCGCCUGGCAGUUUAGCGAGAAGUUGCUGCCAAUACUCUGGGCAAUGAGGGACACUGGCACCUUUCUGAUUGUGGUGACGUUUACCUUCGCUGCCGCGGUGCACAGCUACUUUGUUCUGAGCAUCCCGCGCAUGCCGGGGGGGCUCUACCGGGCAAUCGAGCUUCUCUGUGCUAUGGGCGAGUUUGCCGGUUUGGUCGGGGGAAGACCUUUCGACUGGGAUUCCUGGGUGAUUUCGACCUCUACGAGCUGGAGUUUGUUGACACGAUCUUCACACCAGGAGAGGCUGGAGUGCUGGAGCCCGAAGAUCCCAGCCCGACAGAGGACCACGCCUUCGUCCAUCUCUUCUUCUACUUCGUGGCCUUCGGAAUAA